CUCAUUCUUUCUUUUCAAUGGUAUACCUUUUAAUGCCACACCUAAUUUUGGAAUGAUACACGAGCAUUAGGUUUCUCUUCUGCAUAUACUCAAAAUCUCCCUGUAUCUUUUCCUCCGCCGCCAUGUUCAAGAAGAAGCCCACUAUCAAGAACCUUGCACCUCUGCGGUCCUCUGAUCGCAGAAAGAUUGCCGAUCAGAUCAUCGCCGAUUACAAAAUCGAAAUCCCUUCUAGUGCGCCCACCGAACCCAGCGGUGACGAUGCGGCCGCUCCCAGCAGCGCUUCCAACCCGGCGGCCCGAAAUCUCACCUCCAUCCGAAAUGCCCUCCUUCCUGAUAACUGCCUGUCUGCCCGCUUCACCACGACGGCCGGCCCCCAGCUUCGCGAGGUUCAGGGCACAGUCUACGUAGGAACGCAUCCUGGGGGCGACGAGCGCGUCCUGUGGUUCAAGGUCGACCAUGGCCCCGGCGCCGACGGGCGCCUCUAUCCGACAGUCUACACACUUUGGCACAAUGCAGACCUAGUACCCCUGCUUCAUACUCCGGGAAUGGUGAUGCAGAAACUCCAGGGUGGGGCGGAUCUCAUGACUCCCGGAAUUGCCAACGAGCCGCCCUUCGAUGAGCGUGCGGUCAAGGGUGCGGUCGUCGCCGUGGCUGAUCUGGAGAAGUAUACCGUGCCGCGGUUCGUCGGCGUCUGUGAGAUUGAUAUCUCGGCUCUGGGAGAAGUGCAGGGCGCAAAGGGUCAUGCUGUCCGCGGACUCCACUGGGAGGGCGACGAGCUCUGGGCUUGGAGUUCGUCGUCCAAGCCUGGCCAACCGGCCCCCGAAUACUUGGAAGGUUGGGAUGAUGUGGAGGUGGAGAAUGACAGUGGCGACACGAAAGAAAUUGAGGGGGCCGUGGAUGACCUCAAGUUGGAUGAACAGGCCCCUGCCCAAGCGGCAGAGGAUGACGAGCCGUCCACUGAAGCGCCCCCGGUGGAGGAAGAGCCUGCCGAAGAAGAGAAAGAACCCACGACCAAAGAGAUUGAUGAAGCUUUUGAGAAAGCCUUCCUUUACUCGUUAUACAAGCUCAAGCAAGACAAUCCCUCCGCGCCCAACCACGGCUUGUCCUUGCCUGUUCAGCCUUCCGCGCUGGUUUCGAACAUGAUCACACCCUAUCUUCCCAUCUACACCCCUAAGCAAGCUCAGUUCUACCAGAUCAAGAAGACCAGCUGGAAGAAUGUCAAGAAGUUCAUCAAAUACCUCGACAAGCAGCGCCUGGUCAAAUCCAAAGACCGCAACGGACAGGAGACCGUCAUCCUGGACGUGGACUUCAACGACCGACGGGUCGAGCAGUUCGUCCCUUACCGACUAAUGUCCAAGAAUGCCAUCGAGAACGCCGGUAACAAACCCGCCGCCUCCGGUGCUGGUACUGGUAGCAACAAAACCAUCGCCUCCGACGGCGACCCCUCUGUCGGCCAGACGCUCACGGUGCAGACCCUCUACCGACCCACGGGCAAGCUGGCGCCCACCAUCUUCCCGGCCCUCUCCAGCACCCAUCCCAACAACUACUACAAGUACGCCGACGUAUCCAGCCACCUGGACCAAUACCUGCAGUCUCAGAGUCCGCCGCUCAUUGACCCCCACAACAAGCGCAUCGUCAACCUCAACCCCUUCCUUGCCAACACCAUCUUCACCUCCCCCUCGUCGGACGACCGCAGCACCCUCGCCCGUGGCAAGACCACCCGCGACGCGCUCCUGAAACGCCUCGUCGACGAUCACGGCCUCAUGACCGCCCACUACGUGAUCCUGAAACCAGGCCAGUCCCUAGCCAGCGUCAAGCCCAAGGCCGGCGCCGCUCCCAAGGCCACCAUCACCCUCGAGCGCCGCACGGGCUCCAAGACUGUAACCAAGGUCUCCGGCCUCGAGGUCUUUGGCAUCAUUCCCAGCUUGCUGGCCGAGGAGCUGCAGAAGAAAUGCGCCAGCAGCACCAGUGUCGCCCAGGCCACCGGCGCUGCCAAAGGCGUCAUGGAGGUGCUGAUCCAGGGUGACCAGCGGCGCGCUCUGGAAGAGGCCCUCUCCCGGCGGGGACUGCGGACGCAGUGGAUCGACGUGGUGGAUAAGACGAAGAAGAAGAAAUAAAGUGCGAGUUGCUUGCCGUACCGUUUUUGCAUGUAUCGCAGAGCCGAACGAUACUGGUUUGGAGGAGAUUAAGCGACACCGGUGAUUGUAUAUACAAUGCAGCUUCACAAUCUAGUUUGGACUGGAAUGAAG